AUGGAGGUUGAUAACACAGAGGAGAACCCACCGACAGAUGCUAAAGAAGCCGACAAUAAAAAGCAGAGCAGUUAUGAAGUACCAUGGGUUGAAAAGUACCGGCCAAUAAAAUUGCAGGAUAUUGUAGGUAACGAAGAAACCGUCAGCAGGCUUGGGGUGUUUGCCAGGGAAGGCAAUGUGCCGAACAUCAUUAUUGCAGGUCCCCCAGGUACCGGAAAAACUACCAGCAUCCUGUGUCUGGCCAGAGCUCUGCUGGGGUCGUCUUUCAAAGAUGCCGUCCUGGAGUUGAACGCUUCCAAUGAAAGAGGAAUUGAUGUUGUGAGAAACCGCAUCAAGAUGUUUGCCCAACAGAAAGUCACCCUGCCCAAGGGGAGGCAUAAAAUUAUCAUUCUGGAUGAGGCGGACAGCAUGACCGACGGAGCUCAGCAAGCACUGAGGAGGACCAUGGAGAUUUUCUCAAAGACGACCCGCUUUGCCUUGGCCUGCAAUUCUUCUGAAAAAAUUAUUGGCUCUAGUCUUUUCUUAUGUUCCCCCCACAGCCUUUCUUAUACAUUCUCAUCUCUUAUGUGUGCAAUUCUGCGAUUAAAUGGUUUGUUCAGUACAAG